CCCCUAUCCCCAGUCCCCACCCAUCAUACCCUUCCUCCAUGAAUCCGAUGGCGAGUGACGCCUCACUUAAUAACCACUUCUUCCCUUGCAUUUGCUGCUACACCCAGUAGGAGUGCCAUAGAUUGAGAGGAAGAGAUCAGAGGGAGUGGAGGGAGGAAAGGUUAAUUAGGGAAUUGAAGGAUCGGAAACGCUGGAGCGAGCGGAGAAGAUGGGCCGCGGCAAGAUCGAGAUCAAGCGGAUCGAAAACACGACCAACCGGCAGGUGACCUUCUGCAAGCGCCGCAACGGCCUCCUCAAGAAGGCCUACGAAUUGUCCGUCUUGUGCGACGCAGAGGUUGCCCUCGUCGUCUUCUCCACCCGUGGCCGCCUCUACGAGUACGCCAACAGCAGCGUGAAAGCAACCAUUGAAAGGUAUAAGAAAGCAUGUAGUGAUACCACUGGCACGGGAUCUCUCUCAGUAGUUAAUGCUCAGCACUACCAGCUAGAAUCAGCAAAACUCCGACAGCAAAUCAACAAUAUACAAAGUACAAACAGGAACUUGAUGGGUGAGGCUCUCAGCUCCAUGAGUCUCAGAGAUCUGAAGCAACUUGAGAAUAAAUUGGAGAAAGGCAUAAGCAAGAUAAGAACUAAAAAGAAUGAGCUGUUGCAUGCUGAAAUCGAGUACAUGCAGAAAAGGGAGAUGGAGCUGCAAAAUGACAACAUGUAUCUAAGGAACAAGAUAACAGAGAAUGAGAGAGCCCAACAACAGAUCAACAUGCUGCCUUCAACGAGCGAGUACGAGAUCUUGACUCCAUUUGAUUCAAGGAACUUCCUCCAAGUUCUACAGCCUAGUCAAGAUUACUCGCACCCGCAGCGGACAGCCCUCCAACUGGGAUGAAAUUGCAAGGUCUAUUCAGUGCUUCUGCAGAUGAUUCCGUAGACGUGCAGCUUAAUCCCGGAGAGGAGCUAAUGGUGAGUAACAUCCAGAAAUCCUAAUAUGAAUGAUUGCUCUGGACUCUCUAUUUAUACGAAUCUGAUAAGUGUAAUGUUGGCUGACUUAGAUACCAGCGUUUCCUCUUUGUUGCAUGGACUAACCAUGUACCUUAUUACUUGCAAGUUCUUAUAAGACAGUUAAGUUAUUUUCGA